AUGGAAUCCAAAACUUCCCCGAUAGAUCCCAGCAGCCACUUCAAGGUUGCCGCCAAUCCUCACCAUGGAGGAGAAGACCUUCCACCAGGGCAUAAGAGAAGCCUCUCCGGCAGUAUCCUCUCUAAGCUAUCCUUCCUGAGAGCAAGUGCAGAUGAGAAUCAAAAUUCCACGCAAAGAGCUGAACCUAACCCUGAGUUUCUCCCUGGCGAUGACCGUAUAUCUCCAAAGAAAUCUGGAAGAGCUAUGGCAGUUGCUGUUCAGCAGCAAAAGACAAGGAGAAGAAAAGGAUCAUUGAGAAAAGCUGCUUUACUUGGUCGUGGAGCUCAAAGGGAGAAGAGAGAGCUCAAAUCAUCUCCACUAGAGACUGGAUUGGACCUUUCUUAUGGUGGUGAUGGUACAACUUCACCAGAGGAGAUUCACCAGACUUCUGGGCUAGGCCUUGGUCUGUCGGACACAACGCCUCGUCCUUCCAUGGAAGGCUAUGCCAGCCGAGCUAACAACAUACUCCUGUCACCAAUCAGAACUUUGCCAAUGGGGACAGAGGACCAUCUUGUUACAUCGCCCACUGCCACAAGUCCUACUCUCACGUAUAUCUCUACCACAGACGAGGACGACGUUCUCAGCAUUCGCAACCACGGUAUUCCACCUCCACGCCCUGGUGUCAUGAACUCCUCUGGCUCCGACUCUUACUUCCCUCCUGGGUCUGGCUCUCUCACUCGUCGUCGAUCAGGACAGAAGGCUAAGUCUCCAUUAUCUCUUGGAGGUCUUGCUGCUAGUCCUCUGCCAGUCCACGAUGAUGAGUGGGACUAUUCAGAGACAGAAUGGUGGGGAUGGGUCGUGCUUAUCGUUACGUGGAUUGUCUUUGUGACUGGCAUGGGCUCUUGCCUCGGAGUCUGGAGUUGGGCGUGGGAUGUUGGAGAGACGCCAUAUGCUCCUCCUGAGCUUGAGGAUGAUCCAACUUUGCCAAUAACUGGUUACUAUCCUGCACUGAUCAUCCUCACAUCUGUCAUGGCUUGGGUCUGGGUUGUCGUUGCUUGGGUCGGCAUGAAAUACUUCAGACAUGCAAAAAUUAGUGGAGAUUGA